AAUUUCAUAAAUCUAGUUCAGGUUUUUGAUCUUCUCUCUCACGUAAACCUGCAUAAGCAGUAAUUGAUCUAGAAUCUGGACAUGGAAAUCAAUCAUACUUCUCCGGCGUCUUCAGAUUCGGUACAAGAUUUCGACAGGGAUCUUCACAUAGAGUUCCUUCAGAUGAUGUACAACAUAUUGCCGCCGCCUUACGAGAAUCAAGAGAUCAAUCGUCUCACUCUUGCCUACUUCACCAUUUCCGGCCUCAGCUUGCUUGGAUCCCUCAACCGUGUUGACAAGGAAUGUGUAGCUAGUUGGGUUUUAUCAUUUCAAAAUCAUCCAAGAAAUGAAGCGGAGUUGACAAAUGGACAAUUCUAUGGAUUCAGUGGUUCUAGAAGUUCUCAAUUUCAAUCGGCAGAGAAUUCUGUGGAAAGUCUCAAUUGCAGUCAUUUGGCGAGUACAUAUUGUGCUAUAGCCAUACUGAAGAUCAUCGAUUAUGACUUGUCAAGUAUUGAUUGUCAAUCGAUAAUCAGAUCAAUGAAAAACCUUCAACAGCCUGAUGGAUGUUUUAUGCCCAUCCAUACUGGGGCUGAGAAGGAUCUUAGGUUUGUUUACUGUGCCGCUUCUAUAUGCUCUAUGUUGGAAGACUGGAGUGGUAUGGAUAUAGAGAAAGCUAAGAACUACAUUGUGGAUUGCCAGUCAUAUGAUGGUGGAUUUGGUCUUAUCCCUGGAUUAGAAUCUCAUGGUGGGGCAACAUACUGUGCUGUUGCAUCUCUCCAUUUGAUGGGAUUCAUUAAAGAAGACAUACUAUUAAAGGAUCCAAGUUCUUGUGUCAUAAAUGUGCAAUUACUUCUGGAUUGGAGCCUGCAGAGACAGGCAAAUGAUGGUGGGUUUCAAGGCCGGCUCAACAAACCUAGUGACACAUGUUAUGCCUUCUGGAUUGGAGGAGUUCUAAGGAUGCUAGGAAGCCACAGAUUCAUAAAUGAAAAAGCAUUGCAACAAUUUUUACUAACUUGCCAGUCUAAGUAUGGUGGAUUUAGUAAAUUCCCAAGGAACUUUCCUGAUCUGUAUCACUCCUAUUAUGGAUUCUGUUCAAUUAGCAUGUUGGAAGAAGCCGACACGAAUCCGAUCAAUGUUGAAUUGGGCAUACCCGCAACCCGUUGAUGUAGUAUUGAAAUCUUAACAUUCCCCAAAUUAUUUAUUUCUAGUAAAUUUUUCAAGAGGAUUCAUUCAACUUGUUGUCUAGCAAUGAAUACCUUAAACAUCAUUUUAGACAUUAAAAUGUAAAAUUAUGUGUGGUGAUUUAACUUGUCACAACCAAUUUGCUUCAUAGAGAUUAUUUAUUGCUGUUGUUUUAUAUUCUUUGCAAUGGAAAACAAUUUAGCCAU